AUGGGAGGUUGUGCUGGCCAGGGCAAUCUCCUUCGUUAUCCUUCGGUCGUCUACAACAACUAUGGUCUUCAAUGGUUCAUACCAUAUCUCCUCGCCGUCUUCCUCAUCGCCAUCCCCGCUCUCGUUCUCGAGAUAUCCAUUGGCCAAUGCUACCGCGGAGGGUCCGUAAUUGCCUUCAACAAUAUCAACAGACGUCUCAAAGGCGUCGGCAUUGGUCCUGUCUUUGUCAGCCUUAUCGUCGUUCAGUACUUUACCGUCAACCUCGCUUGGAUCAUGAACUACUUUCGAAACUCCUUCAUCAGCCCGCUGCCUUGGGAGAACCGGAUUGAGGAUUUCUACAAUAAUGACGUUGUCGCAAAUCCAGCACCCAUCUCUGGUAGCCUUACCAAUGGAAGCAGGGAUGUUGCCUCAUACACAAGCUAUCCCGCCGUUGGCCUGAUCGGCGAGACGGUCGGAUGGAGUGCGUUUAUCUGGUUCUUGAUCUGGUUCUCCAUCUUUCGUGGCGUCGGCAUGACUGGAAGAGUGGUGUACUUUACAAUGGGACUGCCCAUCAUCACCACCAUCAUAUUUGUUGGCCGCGCUCUCUCGCUGGAAAACGCUGGCGCUGGAGUCAAGCUUCUCUGGGGCACCUGGAGAGGAGAUCAACUGGCCUCUGGAACAGUCUGGCAAACUGCUGUCGGACAAGUCUUUUUCUCCACUGGAAUCGGGUUUGGAUACUUUACUUCUUAUGCCUCGUAUAACCAGAAACACUCGAAUGCCGUCAUGGAUGCCGUUCUCAUCUGCGGCAGCAACGUGCUCUUCGAAAACUUUGCCGCCUUUGCCAUCUUUGGCGUUGUUGGUUUCCUUCGUCGUUGGCCAUCUCCUGAUGAGCGGUUGGGUGCAUUUGUCGUUGGCUUUCUCACUUUGCCUGAGGCGGUGCUUCAGAUGCCUGGAGCGAAUUUUUGGGCUGUGCUGCUAUUUUUGACACUCAUUGUGUUGGGCUUUAGCUCGGCAUUUGUUAUGUUGGAUGUUGUGGCUACACUGCUUGUGGAUUCGGGGGUGAGGUACUCGCGUCCUGUCAUCGUGAGUGCGCUUACACUCGUCUCGUUUUUGAUGUGUUUGCCUUAUUGCACGGAGUUUGGCUACUAUCUCCUCGACGGGGUCGACAGGUGGAUCAACAACAUCGCUCUCAUCUUUGUCGUUUUCUCCGAGGUCGUCAGUGCUACGACUGUUUAUCGCUGGAACGAUGUUACUGGGCAAGUCGGCAUGCCUGCUUUUGUUGUCUACAACCUCGGAUACUUUGGAGGCUUGCUGAUUGGCAUUUCCGUCGCGCAUCGAGUGGAAAGCGCAGCUAUUGGCGCUGGCGCUGGCUUCGGCUUCUUUGCUGCAUGCACCAUUCUCGCUGGUGUCAUCGCAAAGUCUCCAUCACCGAAAAAUACUGCCAUGUUGUCGAGAAUCAGAAGUCAACUUGUCCAAUUGUGGUACUUGGCAUUCUACUCUGGCAACCAACUUCGCCGCGACCUCAAUCUCAUCGUCGGCAGCGGCAAUAACUGGAAAAUCCCCGCCUUUAUGCCUGUCCUUCUCCGCUAUGUUUCUGGCCCUGUCCUGGCUAUCAUCUUCAGCUUUGCGUUUCCGGAGUUUCAUUCGCUGAGAUAUGAUCCUAUGAUGAUUGCGGGCUUUGUUCUUUCGGUUGUUGGUAUGAUUGCGGUCUUGUUGGGAUUCGUCACGCCUAGGUAUUAUGAUGGGUUUGUCCCGGUGGAGAGGAGGGAUGAGGGGAGGAAGGAGACUUUGCUCGAUCAGCCGAUGGAGCAGGUUGAUGCGGUCUCGGUGGUGAGUGAGGAUGGUGGAGAGAGUGGUGGGGGGGAGAAGAGGGGUGUGGAGGAUGGUGGAGUGAUGGAGUCGAUGGCACAGAGGGUGAAGUGA